AAUGAUGAGAGAAAUGUAACUUUUGGGUGAACUAUUCCUUUAACUCGAAAGGCGUGGAUUCGCAACUUCUUUCCUGAUUCCCGCUCAAUCGACUUUCGUUUUCGUAUCAGGUAUCCCUGUGCACUCAUUGUGCACAAAACCAGGGGGAAUAUUAACAUCAGUCCUUCUAAACAACAGUGAGGCGUUCUGUAUUGUUUUUCAAGCUAGUUUGUGUUUUUCUUCGAGUUGCGAGAGAGGAAACGUUUAAUUUGAGCAACAUUGUUAAGAUGAAUCAGGAUACCAAGAAUGAGCAAGCAAAUGGCAAAGCAUCUGUUGAAUCAAAGAGAAAGAAGACUGGAUGGAGGAAUUCACAGGGAGCCAAAGAAAACCUUCCAAAACCUAUGCAAAAAGGUUUACCAAAAAGAAAACGGGAGCCCCUUCAACCGACAAGCAAUAUGUCUGACCAUUACCGUAAAAGGAAGCGUUCAGUGACAAAGCAUACAGAAUGUUACUCCAUGUCAAAUAGACUUCAUGGAUAUUGUUUGAUCAUCAACAACUACAACUUUAAAAGAAGUACAUCACUUGGAAACAGGAGAGGUACACACAAAGAUAAAGAUGAUCUCACAAGAGUGUUUGAGAAAAUGCAUUUUACGGUUGAGGUGCGGAACGAUUUGCAAGCCUCAGAUAUGCGAGAUGUGAUUAAAGAGUUUGCAAGUAAAGAUCACUCUCAUAUGGACGCUUUUGUCUGCUGCAUCCUCUCCCAUGGAGAGAAAGGCACUGUUCUGGGCAUAGAUGGUAUACAGGUUCCAAUCCGUGACCUCACACAGCCUUUCGCUGAAUGCCACACCCUAGCAAGCAAGCCCAAGCUUUUCUUUAUUCAGGCCUGUCAAGGUGAGAAGACCCUGCUAGGUGUUUGGAUGGCAGAUGGACACAAAAACACAUCUGAAGAAGGAACAUUUGAGGAGGAUGCUCAUACUGAAGCAUUCCACAGUUGCCCUAUUGGAGCUGAUUUCCUAAUUGGAAUGGCCACAGUGGAGUAUUACAAAUCUUUUCGCCACACACAAGAAGGGUCCAUCUUUAUUCAGGAGCUCUGUAGGCAGCUGGAAAGUGGUUGUCCACGGAAAGAGGACAUGCACUCUAUUUUGACAAAGGUGAACAGAAUGGUGAGCUCCCAAAUCAUUGAAGGCUGCAAGCAGAUGCCAGAGGUUCGCUACACUCUAACCAAAACACUGGUCCUUCCCAUGAAGCAAGUUCCCUGAUCUCUAAUAUUAUCUGUAUACAUGUAUCCUAAAAGACUUGUUUUUAUAUGACUGAUCUGGUUUUACCUUUCUUGGAACUUGGCAGUGUGAUACUGUACUGCAGAUAUUGUUGACUUUUGAAUGACAAAUUGCUAAUGUUCCUCAUUUAAAGUCACUUUGGACUAAAUGUAAAUGUACCUCUCCACAUUUGGGAGAAGUAUACAGCUGCAGGCAGAGCUCCAAAAAGGGGCGUGAGCUCCAAACCCCCAGUAAAGACAUAGGUACCCCUAAAAUAACCCUUUACCUAAUCGUAAGUGGAAGAUACACCCCCCUUUGGAGUUGGGUCAGCCCCCUUUUGGAGUAACCCUGACCGUUCUGGAGUAACUCCGCCCUCAUUUGGAGGUUCGCCCCCAUUUGGAGAUCUCUGGCUUGCAGCUAUACCUACUUGACAUUUGGGGUUCAUUUGGAUGAUAUGCACUAUUUUGUGUUUUGUUUAAAUACUCAUAAGUAAUUUGUGUAGAUAUUCUGGGUUUUUUAUUUGUUAUUUUUGCAUCCGUUGUUUUACCAGUCAUGUUUUAUUCUUUUAUAUCUCAUCAAACUUUUUAGAUGACAAGUGCCUUUUUAACGAUUGCUCUAUCCUGCUGUUUUUCUUUAUCCUUUGUUGGGAUGGUAUAGAGGUUCUAGAGUAUGUUUGAGGUUUUUCAUUUGCAUUAGCUAAAUAUUGUGUUGAAAAAACAAUCACCAAAUUAAGCCGAGCAAUUUGUGUGCUAUUCAUAAUUAAGUAUUCUGUGCUGUACAUUGUUCUGUUAUACUGAGUACUAAUAGUUGGUAACAUUUUACAAGUUUCUUUUUGUUAACAUUAGUUAACUACAUUAUUAAACGAACUAACAAUGAGCAGUACUUUUACAGUAUUUUUGUUUUUAGAGUAAUGGAAAAAGUAUGCAUUGAUGAUUGAUAACCAGAGAUAAAAAGUCCUUUCAUACAUUUUUAAAGUAUUUAUUUCAGGUGAGCUUUAUUAAUGUGUAUCACAGAUGUAUUAGUAAAGUUACAGGGAUAGUUUACAGUGAAAUGAGAGCCUGUAUUAGUGUUUAAAAUCUUUGGUUAAAUGCUUUGUACAGUACAUUAAAAGACAAUUGUGUGGACAAAUGCUUUCUUUUUAACACUUGAAUGUAAUCAUAUUCAGAUUUUGCUGACACUUCAUCAUUCAUUGAGAAAUUGAAUACAGUCAUAACCGAUUAAAUCUGCAGUUUGUAGAUAUUACUGUGUGUUUAUAAUUACCUUGUCGAUUCUUAUUACUUGUUGACAUAGUGAUUUGUUAAAGAGCUCAUUUUUAUUUGGGUGAACUAUCUCAUUUACUAACUUUAAUGCCAUCCCAGACGUGUAUGACUUUCUUUCUUCUGGUGAACACAAACAAAAAUUUUUUUUAGAAUAUCUCAGCUCUGUAGGUCCAAACAAUGCAAGUGAAUGGUGACCACACCUUUAAAGCUCCAAAAA